GGGGGAGGGCAACCCCCCCCCCAAAGGCAGAGGCUUCGGUGGUAGUGCGAAGAUUUAUUCUGUCUGGCUGUGGAUAAAGCUUGAGCGGCACCAUGGGAGAAAAAAUGAACAAUUUCCCUCCACUUCCCAAAUUCAUUCCAUUGAAGCCGUGCUUCUACCAGGAUUUUGACGAGGAGAUCCCACCCCUACACCGAACCACAGUCAAACGUCUUUACUACCUCUGGAUGUUAAAUAGCAUCACCUUAGCAGUGAAUCUGAUCGGCUGCCUUGCAUGGAUGAUCGGAGGCGGUGGAGCCGUUAACUUUGGACUGGCAAUUCUCUGGCUUAUUCUCUUUACACCUUGCUCGUAUGUCUGCUGGUUUAGGCCUAUUUACAAAGCUUUCAAGACAGACAGCUCCUUCAGCUUCAUGGCGUUCUUCUUCACCUUCAUGGCGCAGCUGGUGAUCAGCAUCAUCCAGGCCGUCGGCAUCCCCGGCUGGGGAGUCUGCGGUUGGAUUGCAGCAAUAUCUUUCCUCGGCACCAACGUCGGUUCGGCCGUUGUGAUGCUCAUCCCCACCAUCCUCUUCACAGCCAUGUCUGUCUUCUCCUUCAUCGCCCUGAGUAUGGUGCAUAAAUUCUACCGGGGAAGUGGCGGGAGUUUCAGCAAAGCCCAAGAAGAGUGGACAACAGGUGCCUGGAAGAACCCGCACGUGCAACAGGCGGCACAAAAUGUGGCCGUCGGGGCUGCUCAAGGAUCCAUGAUGCAGCACGAAACGCAGUAUUCGGCCACCCCUAACUAUAACUACCCCAAUGAUAUGUGAGAAGUACCCCCCCAACGGCCCCCCGAUUGGUAGCUACCCCAGUGAAAUGUGAUCCGGUUAAGGCCUGAGGUGGACAGAACCAAGUGGAGCAGGAGUGUGUGUGUGUGUGUGUGUGUGAGUGUGAGUGUGUGUGUUUCCUUGUGUAUAGGGAGGGUUGGAUUCCAUUGUACAGGCGGGAUGGGAUUGUACAGUAGCUUCAUUAAUGGCGGAGGAGUGUCACAUUUUUAUUCUUCCCCCUCGACUUUCUUCCAGGAUAAUUCUCCUUGGAGAGACUUCUCUCUCUAACUCUCUCUCUCCCCCCCCCCAUUCAGAGACAUUGUGCACUGACCUGCAGGACAGUUGUGCCGUGCUGUGUUGACUGUGCGUGCGUGCGUGCUCGUAUUUUUUCUUCUUCCCCUUUUUGUGCAACAGUGUGUAGCGGUGGGUUUUCUUUGCUUCAAUUUACUGUGGUGGUGAUAGGGGAUGCGUAGAAAGAACAGCCUCAGCGAAGGGCCAGUGGAGAUCCAGGGCUGUGAGAAGGCACCCAGUCCAUGAGAGCACCUUAGUGCAAAAACGUUCAUUGGGUUCGUUCCGUCUGGGGUAUUGUAUUAUUCCGCCCGUAUAGGACAUGGCUGGCUUGCUAAGCGUUCAAAUCCUGCUCUCCCCAGAUUGGAAGGCUGCCCACCUACUCUCUUCAUUUCACACCCUCACACUCUCCAGCUACAACUUUCCUUAAUAUGGGCUAUUAUAAAACAGAAAUCCAUUUCUGAUGCAUCCACGGCAGGAAACAUCUCUCCCUAUGGAGCGGUCCUCCAUAGUCCAAAAUUAAUUGGGCACAUUCCAAACGUUCCCUUGUGAAAUCACACACACACUCAGGCAGAGGCGGCUGCCCCCCCCCGUGUCACGUGAGGCUGCCUGCUGCAGCCAUUGCCUAAAAGAGGGUCACCAUCCUGGCAACACAAGGUGUUGGGUGUCUCUGCGCAGGAGUGCCAGGAAAUGUCAAACCUGUGGCUAAGGCUUGUGGUGGGUGAACCGCUUGACAUCCUGGGAUCCUGGCCAUCAUAUUGGAGGAGUUCUUCUCGACCAUCUCAUGUAGGUAGAAAACCAGGGCUAGAGGGAGCUUGGAGUCAGGGCGUUCCCAGCAGACAGCUGUCCAGUCUCUGCUCAAAGACCUCCCGAGAGGGAGAGUUCACCAUCCCUUGUUAUUAGAUUUGUGACCCUGUCAUCUGAAAUAAUCCUGUGUGCAUUUAGCCAUUCUCCUUAUGACACACAGCAGAUCUUGAAUGGAUCCACACUUUUCCAGAAGGAACAGGCACUCCACCUUCCCAUCGGUAGAGCAGGGGUCGGGAACCAGAAGCCCUAGGCUGGAAACAGACUUCCCGGAUGGUUCCAAUCCAGCUUUCGGUUUCUUCCCUCUUUUGUCUUUGGCCAUGCCUACCACUGAAGUGCUCCCCCUCAGACAUUUGGAAUAGAAAGAGAUCCCUCAAGCUAGCUCUGUAGCCUUUUGGGGAUCGGAAUAGAGCGACGCCUUCUGUAUUCUGCCUUCCUGUGGUUUCCCAGCCUCCCCUUGUAAUCCAGUAGAGCAUCAUGAAG